UCUUUAUUUCCAAAUAUGUACUUACCAAAGGUUGUUAUGGUUAUGGUGGUAUUUUAUGGUUAUAUCUCAAUAAUACUAUCGGCAGCAGUGCCUGCAUUGUCUUCCCAGAAUUAUGGAAGUAACAACUUUGACUCAAGGAGAUCUAAUCUACUAGCCACACCGAGAAACUUACCAAGGACCUCACCUUCAUCAAGUGGUUAUACCCAUGAUGUAGUCCCAAAACCUUACAAAUUCAAUUACUUUAUAGUCGACGAUCAAGGAAAUACACAUCAUCGAGAUGAAGAAUCAAACGGAAAUGGAACAGUCAAAGGAUACUACGGGUACACGGAUAUUUCAGGGUUGUUCAGAAUAGUUGAAUAUACCGCAGAUAGAAAUGGAUUUCGAGUUAGUAUCAAAACCAACGAACCGACUUUAGUUGGAAGGAAAAGUCCUGCUGACGUACGAUUGAAUGAUUAUCCAUCCUCCUCAGAUAUGCGAAAUGAAAAUGAACCUUGGAAAUAUUCAGGUUCUUGUUAUGUUGUUUUUCCUUAUGGCAUUUGUCAUAGACAACCCGUUGACAAAGUCCUCGAUUUCAAGCGUCUCUUGUUUCAGUAG